CGGGCCAGGAGCGCAGCCGCCGCCGCAGCCGCCGCCGCCGCCGCCGCCGCGUCCUCUCUCAGCCUUGCGCUCCGCCCGCUGUCUCUGCCGCCGCAGCCCGGCCCAGGAGCGCAGAGCCCGGGGCACUGGUCCCGCAGCCUAUCCGCCCUCCGCGCCGCGUGCCGGCUGCGACCGACAUGGGGGGCGACUAACAGAGAGCACUCUUUCCCUCUGGCACCUCCCCGGGCCACUGGCCACUGGACCCCGGCCAGCGAGCCUCGGGCACCUCUGGCCCCCAGUCCGGCGCCUGGCACAGCCCUCCGCUCUGCCCCUCCGGCUCUGAGCAUCGUGUCCCCGCCCCCCCCGCCCGCGCCUGGGACACCUGGGUCCCCCGGCGGCCCCGAGGAGAGGGGCGGGGGGGGCAUGAAGCCGUUGGAGAAAUUUUUGAAGAAGCAGACGUCGCAGCUGGCGGGGCGAACGGUGGCGGGAGGUCCCGGCGGGGGUCCGGGAAGCUGCGGCGGCCCUGGCGGGGGCGGGGGACCUGGCGGAGGCGGCGGUCCAACCGGGGGACUGCGGCCGCUGCAGCGGCGUCAGAGCGUGUCUCGCCUGCUGCUCCCCGCUUUCCUCCGGGAGCCCCCAGCCGAGCCGGGGCUGGAGCCGCCCCCUGAAGAGGAAGGGGGAGAGCCGGCGGGGGUCUCGGAGGAGCUUGGCAGCGGAGGGCCCUGUUGGCUACAGCUCGAGGAGGUGCCGGGGCCCGGGCCGCUGGGGGGAGGGGGGCCCCUGCGCUCCCCUUCCUCGUACUCCUCUGACGAGCUGUCCCCGGGUGAGCCCCUGACUUCCCCGCCCUGGGCCCCCCUGGGCGCCCCCGAGCGGCCGGAGCAUCUUCUGAACCGGGUGCUGGAGCGGCUCGCUGGAGGGGCCACCAGGGACAGCGCCGCCUCAGAUAUCCUGCUGGAUGACAUCGUCCUCACCCAUUCUCUCUUCCUCCCCACGGAGAAAUUUCUGCAGGAGCUACACCAGUAUUUUGUUUGGGCAGGAGGCAUGGAGGGCCCCGAGGGGCUGGGCCGGAAGCAGGCUUGUCUAGCCAUGCUCCUUCAUUUCCUGGACACAUACCAGGGGCUGCUGCAGGAGGAAGAGGGGGCCGGCCGCAUCAUCAAGGAUCUGUACCUGCUGAUUAUGAAGGAUGAGUCCCUUUACCAGGACCUCCGAGAGGACACAUUGAGGCUGCACCAGCUUGUGGAAACAGUGGAGCUAAAGAUCCCAGAGGAAAGCCAGCCACCCAGCAAGCAAGUGAAGCCACUCUUCCGUCACUUCCGCCGGAUUGACUCCUGCCUGCAGACCCGAGUGGCCUUCCGGGGCUCUGAUGAGAUCUUCUGCCGGGUCUACAUGCCUGACCACUCUUACGUGACCAUCCGCAGCCGCCUCUCGGCGUCUGUGCAGGACAUCCUGGGCUCUGUGACAGAGAAAUUGCAGUACUCAGAGGAGCCUGCGGGGCGUGAGGACUCCCUCAUCCUGGUGGCUGUGGCUUCCUCCGGAGAGAAGGUGCUUCUCCAGCCGACUGAAGACUGUGUCUUCACCACACUGGGCAUCAACAGUCACCUGUUUGCCUGCACACGGGACAGCUAUGAGGCCUUGAUGCCCCUCCCAGAGGAGAUCCAGGUCUCCCCUGGAGACACAGAGAUCCACCGAGUGGAGCCGGAGGACGUUGCCAACCACCUUACUGCCUUCCACUGGGAGCUGUUCCGAUGUGUGCAUGAGCUGGAAUUCGUGGACUACGUGUUCCACGGGGAGCGCGGCCGCCGGGAGACCGCCAACCUGGAGCUGCUGCUGCAACGUUGCAGCGAGGUCACGCACUGGGUGGCCACCGAGGUGCUGCUCUGCGAGGCCCCGGGCAAGCGCGCGCAGCUGCUCAAGAAGUUCCUCAAGAUCGCGGCCAUCUGCAAGCAGAACCAGGACCUGCUGUCCUUCUACGCUGUGGUCAUGGGGCUGGACAACGCCGCGGUUAGCCGCCUGCGGCUCACCUGGGAGAAGCUGCCAGGGAAAUUCAAGAACUUGUUCCGCAAAUUUGAGAACCUGACAGACCCCUGCAGGAACCACAAAAGCUACCGAGAAGUGAUCUCCAAGAUGAAACCUCCUGUGAUUCCCUUCGUGCCUCUGAUCCUCAAAGACCUGACUUUCCUGCACGAGGGGAGUAAGACCCUUGUCGAUGGUUUGGUGAACAUCGAGAAGCUGCAUGCAGUGGCUGAAAAAGUGAGGACAGUCCGCAAAUACCGGAGCCGGCCCCUCUGCCUGGAUAUGGAGGCGUCGCCCCAUCACCUGCAGACCAAGGCCUAUGUGCGCCAGUUCCAGGUCAUCGACAACCAGAACCUCCUCUUUGAGCUCUCCUACAAGCUAGAGGCCAAUAGUCAGUGAGAACAGAGGUUCCGGUGG